AUGUCUGAUUCAUCAUCAUCUGUGAAAACGUCUGACUCCGAGGACAGCAACAUUGAGCAAGUUCCAAGAAAGUUUACCACCAAAGAAAAAAUCGUUUUGUUAUCGGCGCUGAUUAACCAUCGUCCAGUUGGAGUCAACCGCCAUUUUGCGAUGCUCUGCAUACUCGACAGAUUGAAGCAGGCUGGCAUUGAAUGCACAAACGAUGACGUUUGGACGUUCCUCAGAACCCUGUACAAUCUGGAAAAGAUUGAAGAAAUGGAGCCUCCGAUACCUUUCAUAGCGAAAAGAAUAGAUUUUGACACGCAGGUUGGAAAAUUUCUUGAUUCAAAAGGGGAGGAAGAGGAAACUGCUUCACAGGAGGAAGCAAAACCAUCCGGCACGCACACCGCUGAAGAGGGCGAUGAACCAAGUAUUCCGGACGAUUGUCCUCUGUCUCUUUUGGUUAACAGGGCAAAACGCUUGCAUUGA